AUGUCUGAACCAUCCGAACCCCCACCACCAAAGCGCCAGAAGCGUGAGGCCUACCGCUCCGCCCACCGAGCGGAUGAAAACUCGACUGAGAUGCCCAAGAAGAAAUUCUUUAGGCAGAGGGCACAUGCGAACCCCUUUUCUGAUCACCAUCUGAUAUACCCUACGAGCCCUGCUAUGAUGGACUGGUCCGAGAUGUAUCCGGCAUUCGUGGCCAAGGUCUUCAGCCAGGGGGCCAGAAUACCGAAGAAGCUGACAAAGGAUGUCGAGGUGGCGGAUAUUGGAUGUGGUUUCGGUGGUCUGCUCAUGGCUCUCGGCCCCUUUAUGCCAGAAACGUUGUGCCUAGGUCUUGAGAUCAGAACCUCGGUCACAGAAUAUGUCGAGGGCAGGAUCCGUGCUAUGAGGAACCAGAGCAGGAUUGAAGGCGGCAAUUCGUACCAGAACAUCGCGUGCCUGCGGGCGAACACAAUGAAAUUCCUGCCCAACUUCUUCAAAAAGGGCCAGCUCUCCAAAAUUUUCAUCUGUUUCCCGGACCCGCACUUCAAGGCCAAGAAGCACAAGGCGCGCAUUGUGUCGACGCAGCUCAACUCUGAGUACGCCUAUGUGUUGAGGCCCGGCGGCAUCGUCUACACUAUCACAGAUGUCAAGGAUCUGCACGAGUGGAUGGUGUCACAUCUUGAGGCACAUCCGGCCUUUGAGAGGGUGUCGGAGGACGAGCAGGAGGCCGAUGAGUGUGUCAGGAUCAUGAGUACCGAGACGGAGGAGAGCAAGAAAGUAAUAAUUUGGACGAACGAUGAAGAGGCAAUGAUGACGGCCAAUAGAUGUGAUGAUCUGCAUAUUGUCAUUACUGUCCGCCUUGUUGUCGAUGAACGGACUAUGGCCCUGAAGAGGAGAGAUGUGAUUCUUGCCGGUAUUGCCAGUUUUAUCGCCUGGGGUUAUGCCACCAAUUGGUUCCCCGCGGUCCGCUGGGCUGGUCACGCCUUCGUCGCCGGUCUCGUCACCUCGCUUCUCUUGGUGCUUGCAGCCUUCCUGCUCCUUUCUAGAGGCUCAAGCCACGAGACGUCGUCAAGAUAUAGAUAUCCGUCAUCACGACAUGGGCCCAAGUUCCUCGGCCGGGAAGCAUGGCGCGCCGAGGUUGCGGCCCUGCGCCAGCGCCAUUCCUACACGAAGCAGCCCCUCUACGCCGCCUCGCCCAGCAUCUCUCGUGCACUCGACGACGUCCUCGAUUUGAUCACCAGGGAUUUCAUAUGGUCGUGGUAUUCCAAGGUCAGCGAUAAUCCGGUCUUUAGAGACGAGGUCGACAAGGCGAUACGGUGCGCGCUCGAGAACAUCCGCGACCGCCUCUUCGAGGUCGACCUGCCCGAGGUCUUGACCACUCGGCUCGUGCCCAUUCUGACGGCGCACUUUCGAGACUUUAACGAGGCAGAGAGGGCCGUCAGGGGCCGCAAGCUGAACCGCUCCGUCACGGAGUCUGAAGAGCUGGACUUGGCCAUCGCGUCCAAAUACAGGGAGGGGAGACUGCACCCGGCCGCGACCCUGUCGUAUUCCGACCUCAAGCUUACGCAGCAGGACUACCUGCGGCAGACGACUGCCAAGGUGCUGCCACACAUGCUGCCGGACAAUGUCCUGCGAAGCCGGGCCGUCUCGACCUUGAUUCGCGAGAUUGUCGCUUGCGCGGUGCUGUCUCCCAUCCUCCAAAUCCUGUCCGACCCCGACACGUGGAAUCAGAUCAUGGAGAACGCCGGGAGGAACAUGCUGCAGGAUCGCUCAACCGUCAGGAAGCUCCGUGCAGCUCUAGAUGAACAUGCGCCAUCUGCGCCCAAGUCCGGCAAGCCCAUGUCAUUCCCGCGGCUGUCACCUGGAGAUAGUGAGAGGAGGUUUGAGAAGUUCGUCAGGACGAUCAAGAAGGUGUCCAAUCUGUCCGACGCGAGGAGGUUUAGGAGCGAGGUCACGAGCCAGCUCAAAAGAGACUCCCAGCAGGAGGGACAGGACCCCGUCUACCUGCGCCGGCUGGACAUGGGCAAGAGGUUGCUGGACCAGAGGGUACAGCUCCUUGCUGCAGGGGGAGACCGCCGCGUCCGCACCCUCCCUCCCAACCCGGUCGCCACACCCGAGUCGAGGCUCGAAAAUGCUUCCCUCGCAGACCUUCUGCGGGAUGCCUCAGGCUUAUCAUACUUCAUGGAGUACAUGGACAGGCUACGACUCAUGAGCCUGGUGCAGUUCUGGCUCGUGGUCGAUGGGUUCCGUGACCCUCUCGAGGAGGAAGGGCACGAUGACGAUGACCACCUGCCGCUCACACUGCCUCCGUGGACAACAUCCGACAGACAGGACCUGGCCCAGAUAGAGCAGGCUUACCUGUCCAAGCCGGAGCUCAAAGUUCCGCAGGCAUCGAAGCGGACCGUGCGGGAGUUUCUUGAAGCCGGAAAGGCUGCCACGCCCGAGCAAUACUACAGGGCACGGAAGAGCAUCUUGCGUGCUCAACAUGCCGUCCUGGAGGAGAUGCAGUCGAGGCAUUUCAGCAACUUCAAGAAAUCGGACCUGUGGUACAAGUGCCUCGCAGCAGAGGAGGCCUCACAGAGCAACGCGCACCCUGCGCGCAGCAGUACGGUGCCAUCUGAGGUCCACUCGCCGCCACCUUUAUCUAGAACUACAACUGCUUUCGCGGGCAAGCCGGGCCCGUUCUCUCGGCUGGCGCCAAAGCUCAACACAAAGCUGCAAAACCGCCGCGCCGAGUCAUCCUCGGAUUUGAAGCAUUAUACCGGUAACGCUGGUAGCCUGGAUGCGGUGGUCGAGCCUCGCAGAUCGCUGGAUGCGAGGGUAUCUUUUGACUCGAGGACAUCGUUCGAUGAACACUCGCCGAACCCACUCUUCGACGAUGAAGAGGCAGACCAUGACGCACUUGCCGACAGCGUGGCAAGCCUGGACCAAAGUACCGGGCCCCGUCCUCCUGACAGGAAGGUUGUUGCCGCGAUGGAGGAGGCACUGAACAACAUCCUGGAAGACACUCGUCCCCCUACCUCAGAGGACCUGCGAGGAUCGCUGUUUGGUGAAGACGACGCUGGCUCGAGCCUUUUCUCCGACCACGAUGUGCACACCAAAGGAGGACCAGCGGACGUCGGCCGUCCCGGCAACGGCAAGGAGCCCGAGAGGCCUAGCUUGUCGUCCUUGGGACUCGUCAGUGCGGCAUCGCGCAUUGGUGUGUUUGUGGAUGACGACUUGUUCGGAGACGAGGACCGGUAUCUAUCAGAUGAACCUGAUGAUGCGGACAGUCCCAGUAAGAAGGACGAUAUGGAUGAUAUCCACGAGGCAGCACCAGGGGAUCUUGGGCUCGCAGAGGCCAUCACGGCGCUCACGAAUGACAUCGACAAGCUGGAGGCGCAGAAUGCUGUCGUCGACUCUCUGCUCAGGAAAGCGGAGCUUACGAACAAUACCGCCGAGCUCCGGAUCCUGCGCAAGUCCAAGGCCAGCCUGAACAGGGAGAUAAGGAGGAAAGAGCUGCAGAGGCAGCAAUACGUGGUACAGGAGAGCGACAACAGUUUAUACGGCCGUUCAGCUAUCAGGAUCAAGGCGAUUCAGGUCGGGCACGAGGGCGAUGGCAGGGAGUACGCGGUCUAUGUCAUCGAGGUUUCACGCAACGCAGGGGAGAAGAUGCCGGCGGCCUCAUGGCUCAUCACACGCCGAUACAGCGAGUUUCAUGAGCUGCACCAGAGGCUCCGCUCCAAGUAUCCCUCUGUCCGCCACCUUGAUUUCCCCAGGCGGCGGGUCGUGAUGAAGCUGCAGUCCGACUUCCUCCAGAAGCGCCGACAAGCUCUCGAGAAAUACCUACGCGAGCUUCUGCUCCUGCCUGACGUCUGCCGCAGCCGUGACCUACGAGCCUUUCUCUCCCAGGCUGUCAUCCGAGCCAGCGAGAACCGCUUGGGGGAGGAGGAAGAAGAAGACAGGAAGGAUAUGAUGACGCGACUCUACGACUCAGUGACGGAUGGCGUCGAGGAUAUCCUAGGCAGCAUACCUGUGCUAGACCAGCUGUCGAUCGCCGGGCAGAACCUCAUAGCUGCUGCUACCAAUCAGAUCAACACCCUGGGUCCCUCGAUGACCAUGGUCGACCCAGCAGCCAACUCUGCAGAUGCGGCAACGGCAGCAGAGGCCGAGGCAGAACUGGCCGCCUUCGAGGGCCGCGAACACAUGGAGGCAGAGCCCUUCGUCAAGCCCAUCUGCGACGUGUUCCUCGAGGUCUUCGAGCUGAACCGCGGCAGCAAUGCCAACUGGCUGCGCGGCCGCGCCGUCGUCGUGGUCCUCCACCAACUGCUCGGCGGCACGAUCGAGCGGAAGCUGCGCGACAAUGUGCGGAUGCUCGUCCAGGAGGACGCCGUGCUGAAGUACAUUGCAUUGCUCAAGGACAGUCUCUGGCCCGGCGGGAAGAACUUUGGCGAGGGCAAACGGCCCCGGACCAAGGCAGAAAAGUCGCGCACGCGGACCGAGGCGAGCCUGAUGCUGGCGACUCUGGUGCCAGAUCUCGCGGGGAGUGUGGUCGGAAGGGUGAAUGCACAGGCAGCGAGCCGGAGGCUCUUUGCCACUUUUAAUAACGAGCGACUGAAGUGA